CGAGAGACGUCACAGGGAAUUUCCAGUAAGGAAGUCAAGCUGUCUAUUCAAACGAACGUGUUGAACUCGGCAUGGUUUAUUGCGCUCAUUUACAACUGGAGUUUAAAAAUCGAUUGAUCCUUUGGCCUGUGUAAUCUCAGCGGACCUUUUGCAUAUUACGUCCAGCUAACGAAACCACCAUCGUGAAUAAGAAAGCUGCCUUGAACUUACUUUCUCUCAGCAAACAGUAGUGGACUUCAACGUAACAUGGCGAAAUAAGUAGUAACAACAAAACUUCCCAGCUGUUUGAUGUUGAUCCUGACCAUCGGAUAUUUAUCAGGAAAGGAAACAUGGCUGGAGAAGAUCCAUACCUCCCGGCUCAUGGAGGGUACAUGGACCAUUUGGGCACGUUCAGAGAGGAGCAGCUAUGGAUGCCCAUGGACCAGUUUCAGGCCAUCCAACACAACAAUAAUACACUGAGGGCAGUCGACGUACCAUCUGUGCGAAUUAUAGAAGAACCAAAACAGAGGGGCUUCAGGUUCCGCUAUGGAUGUGAGGGCCCCUCCCAUGGAGGACUCCCAGGGGCCUCAAGCGAGAAGAACAGGAAGUCUUACCCACAAGUGAAGAUCUGUAACUACCAGGGUGCAGCGCGAGUGGUAGUUCAGCUGGUGACCAACACUCAGGAGCCCCAUCUCCAUGCUCACAGCCUGGUUGGCAAACAUUGUGAUAAAGGAAUCUGCAUCGCUGACUUGCAGCCGAAAGAUUCGAGCAUCAGUUUUCCUAACCUGGGAAUUUUGCACGUGACAAAGAAGAAUGUGACUAAAGUUCUGGAGGAAAGAAUGAUUGAGGCCUUUAGGAUGGGAUAUAACUAUGGUGUGUUCAUCCAUCCUGACAUAGACGCCCUCCAAGGAGAGGUCCGGAUGCCCAGAGAACUCGCAGAUCAUGAGAGGAUCCUGAUCAGCAGUGCAGCCGCUCAUCAGGCCAAGGAAAUGGAUCUGAGCGUGGUUCGGCUCAUGUUUACGGCCUUCCUGCCUGACAGCGAUGGAGGGUUCUCUCGUAGACUGGACCCAGUAAUAUCACAGCCCAUCUUCGACAGCAAAGCCCCGAACGCCUCCAAUCUGAAGAUAGUGCGGAUGGAUCGGACUGCUGGCUGUGUGACGGGUGGAGAGGAGGUCUAUCUGCUGUGUGACAAAGUCCAGAAAGAUGACAUCCAGGUGCGUUUUUAUGAAGAUGAUGAUGAUUCAGGUUUUACCUGGGAAGCGUACGGGGAUUUUUCCCCCACUGACGUUCACAGACAGUUUGCCAUCGUCUUCAAGACGCCCAGAUAUCGGGACCAGAACCUUCAGAAGCCCAUCUCUGUAUUUGUGCAGCUUAAGCGGAAAUCAGACAACGAAACGAGUGAACCCAAGCCAUUUACCUAUCAUCCACAGAUUAUAGACAAAGAAGAGGUCCAGAGAAAGAGACAGAAGACCUUGCCAAACUUUCAGGACUACAGUGGAGCGGGAGGUGGAGCUGGAGGAAUGUUCAGAGGAGGAGGGGGUGGGUCUACAGCAGGGGGCGGUCCAAGUGGAGGGGGAGGACAUUACUUCCAGGGCUAUCAAACCUAUAACAAUUAUGGGUCUGGAUACAACUUCUCUGCUGGAAUGGGAGGAGGUGGGACCACCAUUAAGCAUGUGUCUCAAGGCCCUGGAAGACAGUGAUGAAGACAGUGAUACAGAUGAUGAUCCAGCAGCAGGUGGCGUGGUGCGAAUCUGUGCCCCGCCUGAAAUUGUUGAUGGGUGGGAAGCUGGUGAGAACACAGAUCCCACGGAAGCCACAGGGUGUGUAUUUGAACCCUAUUUGGCAGUACUAGCAGAGAGACUGGCUCAUGCUCUCUUUCAAUACGCAUUAAGUGGUGAUGCCAGAAUGCUUCUGGCUCCACAGCGCCCCCUCAUGACCACUCAGGAUGAGAACGGAG